CUAGUCAACAAACAACCAUGUCUUCUUUGAUGCUCCCAUCCAACUCUAAACAGUUUUCUCUUGGGUUUUUUCAUUUCCCUCAAAUUUAUUAGUUUAUUUCCACUAAAACCCAACAAAUAAUUGCUUUUUUAUUAUUGUUCAAAGAUCCACCAAAUCUGUGAACAAUGGCGGGCCCAAUAAAUCGGAGAUCUUCACAAUCAGUACGAGGAUCCAGAAUCAUCGUAGCAAUUCUUGUUGGUAUCCUUGUUGGUUGCCUCUUUGCUGUUUUCUAUCCAAAUGGCUUCUUUAAUUCAAAUUCUGCCACUUCUUCUACUCUCCGCAAUCGCCGUCUCUCCAAAUCCGACCAUCAGAGUGGAUCAACUUUGUGUGAAUCAACAGAGCGAGUUAACAUGUUGAAAUCAGAGAUUACAGAUUUAUCAAACUCAAAUGAUGAACUAAAGAAGCAAGUUCGGGAUUUAACUCAAAAAUUACAGGCAGCCGAACAGAAAAAUGGUCAAGCCGAGCAACAAAUUGUGGUGGCAGGCGAGCCACAAAAGGCCGGACCUUUUGGGACCGUCAAGGGUAUUAGAACUAACCCGGCUGUUCUUCCAGAUGAGUCCGUUAACCCAAGACUGGCAAAAAUCUUGGAAAAAGUUGCAGUGAAGAAGGAGGUUAUAGUUGCUCUUGCAAAUUCUAAUGUAAAAGCCAUGUUGGAGGUGUCGGUUGCCAGCAUCAAGAAAGCAGGCAUACCUAAUUAUCUAGUUGUGGCUUUAGAUGACGGGAUUGUGGAUUUUUGCAAAGAAAAUGAUGUAGCGUACUACAUGCGGGAUCCAGAUGAGGGUAUUGAUUCUGUUGCUAAAACGGGAGGUAAUCAUGCUGUUUCAGGAUUAAAAUUUAGAAUCUUGAGGGAGUUUUUGCAGUUGGGUUAUGGUGUAUUGUUGUCUGAUGUGGAUAUAGUGUAUAUACAAAACCCAUUUGAUCAUAUAUACAGGGAUUCAGAUGUGGAAUCUAUGUCUGAUGGACAUGAUAACAUGACUGCUUAUGGAUAUAAUGACGUGUUUGAUGAGCCUGCUAUGGGUUGGGCUCGAUAUGCUCAUACUAUGCGGAUAUGGGUUUAUAAUUCAGGGUUUUUCUAUUUGCGUCCCACUUUGCCUGCAAUCGAGUUGUUGGAUCGUGUGGCUGACAGGCUCUCUCAUCCGCCACCUGCUUGGGAUCAAGCAGUUUUCAAUGAAGAACUGUUCUUUCCUUCUCAUCCUGGCUAUAUUGGUCUCCAUGCUUCUAAGAGAACUAUGGAUCGCUAUCUAUUUAUGAAUAGUAAAGCCCUUUUCAAGGAAGUAAGGAAAGAUGCUAAUUUGAAGAAGUUAAAGCCUGUGAUUGUUCAUGUUAAUUACCACCCAGAUAAAUUACCGAGAAUGAAAGCAGUUGUCGAGUUUUAUUUCAAUGGCAAGCAAGAUGCGUUGGAACCGUUUCCUGAUGGUUCUGGUUGAUAUCCAAGUUCAUGAUUCUCGUGACCGUACACGUAUACUUUUCCGGAUCAGGUAAUCUUACAAUGAGUACAACCCUUUUUAAAAAAAUGAUUUUGUAAUAUAAUGAAUCUUCCUUUCGCUAGUCUCGAGUUUUUAAUACUUGUUACCUAUUAGUAAGAAAUAGUCAUUUUAUUGUUUACAGUAAAGGCUGAUUUUCUUUCUAUCCCUUUUGCUUGAAUUACAUAUCUGUUUUGUUUUUAA